CGUGGCGGCCACGGGUGUGUUUGUCGCGGGGGAGAAGAAGAACAAGACUAGAAGGUUUGCGUUUUGCGUUGUGCUGUGGUUGAUGUUGCUCGUCCAGCUGUCGUUAGAGGCGGCAGUGAAUGAUGGCAAUUGGAUAUUGUAUCGGCACGGGUGUGGCAUGGGUUGUGCAUCCCCCCCUCGAGUUGAAGUUAUUUGCGAUAGCAGUUGUUUGUUCCAAGUGGUUGUCUCUGUUUUGAUUGGUCUAUCGCUUAUGUUGACCGGGUUGAGGAGAAAGUGCGUUGGAAGGAUUGUAGUGGAAAUUGUGGGUGCGCAGAAGAAGUGCUGGGAAAAUAAGGAGACAUGUGGAAGAUGUGGAGCAGUUGAGGUGCGUGCAGCGGAGAGGUGA